AUGACAAAAUUAUCAUUCACACUCUCUCCAGCUGCUUUGGUCAGGCUACACAAUGCCCUGACGUGUCUGUCCAAAUUCAAUGAGAGUGUAUCCAUCGAAGCUGAAUAUGACCUGCUCCGAUUAAGCGUCCUCAAUUCAACAAAGACAGCAUACACCGCGUUCAUCUUCGAUGCGGACAAGUUUUUCGACAAGUACUCAUUCACUAUAGGCAGGGAAUACGCAGCGGAGAGAAAUGCGCGCUCGGAUCGGUUCUGCUGUCAGAUGUAUUUAAAAGCUCUCCUUUCUAUCUUCAAGGGGAAAACGAGCGAGAAGAAGGAUAAAGACACGGCUGUUGAGCGCUGUGAGGUUGAAUUACAUGAAGAUGCUCAACAGACAGAAUGCAGACUUUCUAUCCGGAUGAUCUGCGGCCUUGGUGUUAUAAAAUCGUACAAACUCACCUAUGAACCAGCCACGGUCCAACAUGCUGUUUUCGACCGGACAAGGACGAUAAAUCAAUGGGCUAUCGAGGCUAAAUUUCUCCGAGGAAUCGUCGACCACUUCAGUCCCUCUGCAGAACAGCUGGAUAUUUAUUCCGACGGUAAUGGGAAGGCCAUAUUCACCAGUUUCACGACCAAGGUCACGGAUGGAAAAGAAAUACUCAAACAACCCAUCCACACUUCGGUGGCCAUUGAUAGAAAGGACUUUGAGGACUUCCUGGUAGAGGAUCAUCUGCAUGUUGCUAUCAACGUUAAGGAUUUUAAAGCUGCCGUCGCGCACGCUGAGACCUUGAAUGCAAGUGUGACAGCGCGAUAUUCCCGGCCGUGUCGUCCAUUACAGCUAGCAUAUGAAUCUGACGGUAUCAAUUCGGAGUUCACGUUAAUGACAAGAGGGGAGGCAGACCCAGAUGAUAUACCUCCAUCAUCACGACGGGUUAUUCGAGAACUAUCAGCGAGGCAAACGCCCGCACCACUGGUACAGCCUAGUUCGAGCAACAAUAAUGAUACCACCGCAGCUAGUAACCGGGAUAUGCCUCCCCCGUCAAGCCGAAGGGCCCGCCCUCUUACUGGGACUGCAUCUGCAUCAGUCUGUAAUCCGGAACCAAGCAUGGAGGCUGAACCUUCCCGACCGUCAGCAUCAAUUGACUUUGAUAAUAGCCUUUUCGUCCCGGCAGAUGAUGAUAGACAAUGGGAUGAAACGAACGAGGAGGAAACUACAGAGGACGUACUCGGUUGGGAUGCGAGUAUGGAUCAGGAGACAUUGCACCGAUAUCCUGAAGAUAGCGAAUCCAGGAUGUUCAAUCGAGACAUGGAACCCGAAUCGGAGACGGUAACGGCAGAGGAUGAAAUGGGGAUACCACCAACACAACGCAUUUCACAGCUCCACGGACUUGGUCUCUUUGACUGAACCUAUAGUGAUAAUAGAGGAUAUGGAACAAGGACUGUUCACGACGUGAUAAUCCAACUCGUCGCACAACCACCUGCAAUACCAAUAACCCUUUCCUUUUCUCCCUGGAAAGGUAUAUCAACAACAUUAUACCUCCCCCGGACAUUCCCCCGUUCAUCAGUCUCAGUCCCACAAUUCCCAUGCUCCCCCCACCCAAACGCCACGACAGCCCGCUCAUCAUCAUCACCCCCCAGAAGAGCGAGCCCAUGUUCACUACCAGCAGCUAUCUUCUUCAACGAUGCCCCUCCCCGUAAUUCCCCGGGAGGGAGCUGGCCCCGAUCAUCCCUCCCCCAGGCCACAACCCGGUUGUCGGCGAGAUGUGCAUAGACUCCGUUCCAACUGGCAAGAAUGGAAAUAUAGCUUUGAGGGAAAUGGAAUAUUUUUAUUACCUGCUUAGUUCCUGUCUCUGUUCCCUGCACCGCUGGCGAUACAGGAAGAGGAACACCACUCAAAACCCCCACCUAUUCCCCCCAGCACCCAAAAUAACAAAUUCCCCUUUCCCUUUAUCACCACAGACAACAGUAAACUCCCUUCCACACGUAACAUCAGACGCGCGAAAAAAAGGUGGUAUCUCUCCGAUCUUAGUAGGCGACCAGACAACUUUCCUCUCUGCAAGACUCAUCCCGAGUUGUCCCUUUCUCGAUGUGCCCCAGCCAUAUACAUCCCCGUUAUCCAAGACGACGACUGUAUGCGACAUGCUGCUCGCGAUGGCGAUGAUAGACGCAGUAGCAGUUGUAGUCGUGGCUGUUCUUCCCUCUGAUUCUGAGGAAGAAGGAGGCGGAAAAUCAGGAACCCGCACAGCAGAUCGACACGACUGUAUCGAUGGUCCUAGGCCAAGUUCACCUUUUGAACCUGAACCAAAUGCGAAUAUGGUAGUUGAUGAUGAAGAAACCAAAAAACUCCCCUCCCACGUCGCCGAGACGAGCGCAAAACGGUCCCAUACCCGUUUCUCCUUCCCCUUUUUCUUAUUUCCUUCCGUAGCAUCCGUAUCAGUACCCAUAUCUAUCUCUUCCACGAUGAAAACCUUCCUAAAUUGGAGUAUUAACUGGUCUGCAUCUGCAUUUGCAUUGCCCAUAAUCGUCCCCCCGCACCGUCCAUCCCCAUUAAACCCGGCCGCGUAGACCUCCCCAUUCCUGAAGCGGAGUAAGGUGUGGUUUCCGCCUGUGGCUAUUUGAAUGAUGUCGUUUUCACAUCCACUAUUAUUUUCACCUUCAGCCAACUCUUCGAAUAGACAUCUCAUUGGAAUAGAUGUAUCCUCCACAUGUCCGAUACCUAGUUGGCCGGAGCCGUUGGAACCGAAGGCGUAGAGGGGCAUGAGGUCACUCACUAAUUU